UCGAAUGACGUCAACGCCCAUUCAUAAAGUUAUUAUUGAAUCGCAGAGCGAUAUGUAACGCAUAUUAUAUCUGCUUAAAACUCAUAGUUUUGCGCACUGAGUUGUCAUUGAAUAGAUCCAAGACAGUGUCCGACAUGCGCCAGUUGAAAUAGCCGCCACUUGUUGAAGACGUGCACUGAGCGGGGCUGCUGCGCCGGCGCACGCCGUGCAGCGCGGGCCGGCAGCGCGCGGGUCCGGCUGCGGGGCGACGAGAUACUCCCCGACGCGUUUUAUUAGCAAGCCGUGUUUUAUUUUUAUAGACGGUCAGAAGGCGAACAGUGGUUCAGCGGUGUGUGGUGUAAUAGAGCAUAAGUGGCGCAGCGGGCGCGCUAAGCGUUGGCGUCGUGCCCGAGCGCGCGCCAGUCCCCGGAGCGCCGGCUCCACCGCCGCCUGCCCGCCGCCGCCCGCCGCACCCGCCCUAGUGCGUGCUACCCGCCCGGAGCUGCGCGACCUACUGCAGCCGCGAUCCUCCACAGACCAGCCUGCAUUCAGAGCUUUCGACGCGACACAGAAUAUACUAAUACUGAUAAAAGCGAGUUAGUGUUUACGCGCCUAGAAAGUCUGAGAAUUAGUAGCGAGUUCAGAGGAGCCGAUUUAGGUCGCCCGGUUCAGUGCUAGCAGCGAGAUAUUUUUAUUGCCACUGUUGGGUGCAGACGUACGAGCGCCUGAACACGUUGCUGGUUAAAUAAUUUAUUAUUUAUAGAGUAAAAUCGUAAAGUUCAUUCCAUAAACAUUUGCGUGUGUAUGUGGUUAUUCCUAGUUCCCUUUAUUUCGGGUGCAAUCUUGUGUUCCGAGACGUGGCAUUGACUGCGUAUGAGAGGAGGAAUGUGACGAACUGUUUAGCUGAUAAAACGGCAUUUAGGUGAAAUCUUUGACAUUUGUUAAGUGCAUUUGAGUGUGGUGUUAGUGUGAGAAUGCAUCACUUGUAUCCUCUGGCGAAGGGCGACCCGCUGUGCCCGCUCGGCUUCCACCCGCAAGUGCGGUGGCCGACGCGCUGCAAGCGCUGCUUCCGCGACUACAAGGAGCACGGCGGGGUGCGCAAGAAGGAAGAUGACUUCACAGUAUCUACACCAGCCCUCUCCACUUGGAACACACCGUCGUCACGGAGUCGUGAUGAGGAUAAUGGCGUGGAAGUGGAGAAGGUGGGGCGAGGCUGGGCGUCCAGUACGAACCUCAGCUCCAUUGACCCUCCCAAGAAAGACGCCUUCUCCACGGGGUUCAAUAGAACCAGUGCAUCGUGGACGUCGACGCCGGACCUGGGGACCAACGAGACCGAGAGCACGAACGCGGUCACCGUCAGCCUGAAAUUGCCCAAGAGGAAGCUCACAGGACCAAUACCUUCCUUGGAUACGGGGCAGAAUAAUACUGCUGACACGGUGACACUGCGACGACCGUCGCCGUCUCCUCCGCCGUCGACCGCGGCGCAGACACAAAUUACUAUAAACAAAAACGACUCGCUAGCUGAACGCGUGCGAAAGAUGCAGUUAAUCAAGUCUCAAAAUAGUUUUGAAAAGGAAUCAAGUAUAGAAAAAGAGAGAGAAAGGAGAAGUUUGUCUAGAAGUAAAGAAGUAUAUCAGGAAGAAAAGCCUGCGAAGCCAAAAGAGACCAAGAGAGAAGUUAAAGAAGACAAAGUUUCGACGAGGGAUGAUGUUAAUUUUAUGAUGCAGGUAAAGAGUUCUCGCAACUCAUCAACGAGUUCAAAACCUCCUGUGCGAGGCGGGCCCUCGCGAGAUAAGGAGGAGUCGGAUGACGACACUAGCACGGCUGGUACUGUCACCACCGAGACCACACUUAUCGAUGUCAACGUUAAGGAAUAUCAGGAGCAAAUAGAGAGCUUGAAACAAGAAAUGGAUACUUUAAGGAAGCGAUGCGAGAGAGUUGAAAAGGAAAAGAGCGACAUUUUGUUGCGUAGACUAGCGAAUAUAGACUCUGUGAACAAGUACAGUAGUGGCCGGUCAUCCGAAGUGCUAAAACUGCAGCAAAAGGUCAAUGAGCUCACAGGGCAGAACGAGGACCUGAGAGACGAGAAGAAACACCUCUCGCUUAAGAUCAGAGAGAUUGAAAGUGAACUUGAGUCUCGACCAUCAGUAGAAGCCCAAACCCGUCAGAUAGAACAGCUUCGUGCCAAGCUAGUGGCUGCGGAGACCUUGUGCGAGGAGCUGAUGGACGAGAACGAGGACAUGAAGAAGGAACUGCGAGACCUCGAGGAGGAAAUCGAGGAGAUGCAGGAUAACUUCAGGGAAGAUCAAGCAGACGAGUACUCGUCACUCAGAAGAGAGUUGGAGCAGACCAUAAAGAAUUGUAGAGUUUUAUCAUUUAAGUUAAAAAAGACUGAACGGAAAGCUGAGCAGCUGGAACAGGAGAAAGCUGAACACGAGAAGAAACUUUUAGAGAUAGUAGGCGGUCAAGAGGGUUUGAAACGAGAGAAUCGUAUCAAGGAACUGGAGCAAGACGUAGCGCGGUCUACCGAGGUGGCCUUGAGGCUGCAGCGAGAGCUGGCCGAGGCCAACACCAAGCUAGCGGCCGCGUCCGGCGCGCCACCAGCUAACCUGAAGAAGAGCCAACUUACUGAUGGGAAAGUUUCUCGAUCUUCGUUGACCCGCGGUGGAAGCCAGGAGGACCCGGCACAACUACUGCGGGACCUUCAAGACUCCCUGGAGCGCGAGGCUGACCUUCGAGAACAGUUGCGUAACGCUGAGGAAGAGGCCAGUCGAUAUCGGCAUCGAGAGGCCGGCAGAAGAAUCCGUCCACAACUAAUCCCGCAGUCUCCUCGAUCAGAUCCCAGAUCGCCUCCCACAGCAGUUCCUGAUUGCGAAAUAUUAGAGCCAAAAACUAUUCAAAGAAUCCUUGAAAUGCAACUAGCUUUAGAGAAAAGUUUAUCGUGUCUCGACAGUACUCCAUCAUCCAUUGGUGUCAAUCAAAAAACCCAGUCACCACAAGAUCUUAUCACUAGUUAUUCAGAAGGUUGCCAAACCGACACAGUUUUAGUGCACGAUGUAAUGACUGAUACUAGGAAGAUAACCCUAGACUCAAUCGUACAAAGCACUAUUGAUAUUUUAGAAAUGUAUACCCAAACCGAAGUUGUAUUUAUGAAAAAUAAGUAUAUGCAGACCGAAUUUAUGGGAAUAAAUAAUUUUGUGCAAACUGAAAGACAGAAAUUAAGGAAUGCUAGUAUACAGACAGCAGCGAAGCUUUACAGUGAUAAAAGCCUUCAAGCUGUUAAUACCAGUAGAGAAUUUGUUGACGCUAGUACAGAAACUGAUAUUGAUAACGAUGAUAACAUAUCUGAGAAAUAUCUGCAAAUGGAUACAUUAGAAGUCCAUAGAGACUUUGAAAAAGACAAAUCUGAAAGCCCUCCCCUCACUCCAGAUAAAACUCCUGAAUCUCGAUCUCCUUUCACUUCACCUUUCAUAUCAUUGUUUAGUCCGUUGGCUGUAAGAAUCCCAAACAUAGGUCGUAAGCUGUCGCCAACACCUCCAUCAAAUAAACUUAGUAUCGAUAUUAAUGAAAAAGACGGCAAAACUGAUGAUGAAGAUCCAACUGAACUACGACUGUUACUUGAACUUAAUGAACAGGAAGCAGCCGUUUUGCGACGUAAAGUUGAAGAAGUCGAACAGGAAAAAGAAACUUUGAAAAAGCAAGUCAAAGAGCUUACGGAUAAAAUAGCUAGCCAGCCUAAAACUAAUUCGACUGUCACACUUCGUCGAGCGACUAACGCGAAGAGUAACAAUUUGGCAGAGGAAAAAGUUAAAGUGUUAGAAGAUGAGAUAGAUGAGGUCAGAAAAAAACUGAUUGAAAAAGAACGGGACUGCGAAAGGUUACACGCUGAACUCAGUCUAGCACAGAAGAAGCCAAAAGUUUCCCUUAUAAAGAGCAAAUCACUCGACGGUGAGCAACAAAAUGUCGACUUGAAAAGACAGCUUCAAGUAAUUGAACAAGAAGCCAAUGUCCUUCGAACUAAAACGCAAAGUUUGGAAGCUGACAACGAAAAGCUUCAAGCAGAAAACAAGAAAUUGCAGUUAUUGAAAAAUGCCAAGACUUUAAAAUCGGACAAGUCCAUCGAACAGAGUGCAACCAAAAUAACCCAAUUAGAAAAUGAAUUGAAGGAAGCCUUAGCUAAACUAAAAGAAUUAGAGAACAAUAACAAUGAUAAGACCGAGAAGAAAGUUCGAUUUGGCGGAGAAAUCAAUAACAAGAAGGAUGCCGAUGCCUUGAAAACAAAACAGGAAGAACUAGAUAAAUUAAAAUUAAACUUUAAUAAGCUCGAAAAAGAAAAGGUCCAGUUGCAAGUAGCAUUGAAAUCAUUAAAAGAAGAUGCUAUCAAAACGUUUAAACCAAGAAUCCCUAAGAAAAUCACAGAUUUAACAACGAAACUCCAAAUGAAACGAAUGGUCGAGGAUCUGGAAAACGAAAUUGGUGAAAUGUAUGUAAUCAUGAAGAACGCUGGACUGUCAGGAACAGAAAUUAACACCAGAACUCAAAUGGAAAAAGAUAUAGAAGACAUAAGAUCGAAAUUAUCCAGAACAGACUCUGAGUUCACAAAUGAGAAAAACAAAUUACAAACUGAAAUUGCUAAAUUAAAAGACCUUAACAAAAAGUUAGAAACUGAUAAAACAGAUAUAAAUAACAAACUAAAAACACUAGAAAAAGACAAUAGUAGUAUAUCUAACCAGUACAAAACACUUCAAGAAGAUAAAAAGAAUUUGGAAAGUCAAAUAAGUAAACUUAAUUCUGAAAUUAAAAAUUCUUCGACAUUACAGACAACUAUGUCUGACUGUAUGAAGAAAAUCGAGGAACUCAAGCAGGAAAUGGAUGUUAAAGAUAAAGAAAUAGAAAAAUUAAAGAAGCAAGUUGAAAUUGUAAAUAAACUAGAACAAGACAAACAAAAAUUGCUCAAGGAAAUUGGAGAUAAGGCUAAAAAAAUAGGUGAGUUAGAAAAGAAGCUUAAAGAAGCCGAUGACAAAUGCAGACGGCUCGAAAAGCAGCUCGCCACUCGUAAAGACAAAGUUACUAAAUUAGAAAAAGAGCUUUCACAAGAGAAAGAGCAAGCAGAAGCCUUAGCCAACAACCACCGACGUAUAUCAAUAGAUUUCACUAGUGAGAAAGACCAAAUGCAAUCGCAGCUCAUUAAAUCUGAAAGCAAACUGAUCACAUUAGAAACAGACCUCAGAGAAAUGAAAUCUGAUUACGAAAGUAAAAUAACAAACUUGGAAUCAACGAUAGCUGCCAAAGAUAUUCAUAUUAAGCAACUGGAAGAUGCUCUACGAGAUACAUCGAACCAGAAAUACGAUGAAGCCAUAUCGUCUGUUGAAAUGGCACAAAUUCAAGAUAAGCUAGAAAGAACAACGAAAGAGCUUGAAGAAAAGCAGAAGGAAUUAGCUGACGCUAAAUCUGAACUGAAUAAGACUGAAAAUGAGUUAUCAACUGUAAAUUCAGAAAUUACGCAAUUGAAAUCGAGCAUAUCAAAGUUGGAAAUAGAUAAAAAAGAACUGGAGAACAAAUUGCAAACAGAAAAGAAAGAAUCUAGUUACUGGGAGAGUAAGGCUUCGGAAUUGGAAACCGAUCUACAGGCUGAACGCAAGAAACUGGAGCGUAUGCGUACAGCUCACGACAGAGACACUAAGAACAAAGAAGCAGAGCUAGCUACUCUGAAGGGUAAACUGAAACUGCUGGAACAAUCGUCCGGAGCCGGCAUUAAAAAGAUUUCAGAUCUCAAACAGGAGUACGAAGAAACUAUCAAAAAACUGGAACACUCACUGGCAGUCGAAAAGGCAGAGUAUGAGGAGUUGACGGGUAAAUACGAAAUAUUAGAAGAGGAACAUGUAGUAACUAAAGCAAGGCUGACAGUGGAAAAGGAGCAAGCGCAGGGUGAACUAAUACACGUGCAGAAGGAAUUAAGCGCAGCAUUGGGUGAAAUAAAAACUAUCCAAGAUAAUUUCGAGACACAAUCUUCGGCAUGGAACAAGGAAAAGACUGAACUUCAGAAUUCAAUAUCAUCUCUACAAGACCGAUUGUGUGGCGGCGGUUGGGAAGUGGAGCGCGCGCGUCUUAACGCUAAACUUGAACAACGGGAGCGUGAACUGCGCACUGCACACGACCAGCGAGACGUUCUACAACAUCAUCAUGACAUGACGAAGAAAGAAUUGGAGGAAGCUAGAAAGAAAUUCGAAGACUACGAGAGGGUAUCAAAGGUCCAGAGGACAUUGACGACUGAAAAUGCAGAAUUAGAACGGGAAUUGUCUUCUCUGAACACAAGGCUUGAACAGGCUGAUGUAUCGAGGAAGAAUGAAUUGGCUGAAAUGAAGCUUCGGUACGAAGGACAAAUGAGCUCUAUGAGAGAUGAACUCAAAUCAUUGCAUAACCAGGUAUCAAGGUUCAGAAGAGAGAGGGAUAACUACAAGCAAAUGCUAGACGCUGCUCAAAAGACUAUGGCUGAAAUUAAAAACGGUGACAAGAAUACCAGAACACCUAGACACUCCAUAUCUAGCACCGAUGAAGAAGAGUACCGCAAUAAAGUGGCGACUCUGGAACAACAGACAGCCUGCCUAGAGGAUGAGUUGUGUGAAGCGCGACUCCUAGCCUCCAAGCUUAACACAGAGCUUGUCAGCGAACGAUCGGCCGCUGAAGUACGACUUGCCGAAAUGCAGUCUAGACUUAACGAGUAUGAGGAAGAACGGUUGCUGACAUCAGGUAGAGCUCGUGUAGCUGGGCUGGCCACUCGUAUGGAGCUGGCCUGGCACAAGGAGCGCGAUGAACAACAACGGUUACUGCAGGAAACAUCUACGCUAGCCAGGGACCUCAGACAAACACUCUUCGAGAUUGAACGAGAAAGAGAAAAGGAGAGGUUAGAUAUGAAGAGAAGAAUAGAUCAACUAAAAAGAACAACGGAGGAGGAGACUGAAGAAGCUAAGAAAAAGGUCACGGAACUACAAUGCGACCUGUUGGAGUUACGCGAUGCACACGCUAAGCUGCGCACGGCGAACGAAAAGUUACGUCGCGAUAAAGAUAGGCACGACCGAGACCGCGACCAGAACAAACUCCUUGUUGGAUCUCUAAAACGUGCACAGCAGGAGGAUGACAGGAUAAUCACACAGCUGCUGGAAACUAUAGACGACUUAAUGAAGCAGAGCCCUGACCUAUUCCGCAACGAAACACCUGUGAAACCCGAAAAGAAUUUGGUGACACCUACGCCACCGCGAAGGAAUAGGUCGUCCAAGUCCCGGUCCCGCUCGGCCACGCCGGAGGGCGGCGGCGGCGCGGAGGCGGCGGGCACGGCGGCGCGCCUGCGACGCCUCACCGACGAGCUGCGCGCCUCGCGCAUCGCCGAGCGGCAGCGGCGCCAUCAGGCCACGGCCCGCCGAGCGAUGUCAACGGAGCCCCGCGACACGCUGUCUGUCUCCCCAGCAACCAGAACGCCUUCUCGUGCACCAUCACUCAAAAAACGGUCUAUAUCACUAGAGCAGACUACUAAAGACCAGAGCUUGAUAUGGAAGUCUGUAGACGAAAGCAGCGUAUCUUCAAUGCAGUCAUUAGACGGCGACGCAGACAACCGACUAUUUACCAUGCAACGUGACGCUAGUCUUGACAGUCGAUUGUCCGGUGGAUCAGCCCAAAGCGAAGUGCUGCCUACAGAAAAGAAGAAAAAGAAGAGCAUCUUCGGCAAAUUCAAGAAACUGACCAAAUCCCGAUCCAUCGACGAUCAAGUACACGACAGUACAGAACAUGUUGAGUUCAGACCUAUUGGUACAGUUUCUCAGGGUUCAGAUUCAGAUAUGAGCGCAGCGGGAAGUAAACGGGACUUACGCGGCCGUCUCUCGGACAUGUUUAGCCGAAGAGGACAAAUGUCUCGAGGCAACAGCAAGGAGUUAAGCCCGGAGCGGCCGGCGAGUGCGAUGGGCAACAUGGUGAGCGCGUCAUCUCGGCCGCCGCUACGAAACGCAAGCAGUUCUACUCUGACUCGGGCAUCGCCAGCUAAACCGAACGAAAUACCAAGGCCGGCGAGUGCAACGCCUGCGGCAAAGAGGAAAGGGAAAUAACUGAUACUAUAAAGAUUUCGCUUCAUUAUAGUGUAUUUAUCCAUUUUCCUAUGAUUUUUCCACAUAGCUUGUAAUAUCACAAUACAUAUCAAUAAAAUAAAUUAUGCUGUAUAACUAUCGAUAUGAGACACCGACCAGUCGGCGAGGGUAGCUGUAUAUUUAAGUACUUCCAGAAGCAUUGGAGAACUCAGCCUGGCUAUCGAUAGUUAUGCAAGUCAAGAUUUCCGCCGUCACAGUAUAGUAAUGCGAACCGUGACGUAACCCUUAUUCCUUACGUCCUUAGUUCCCUGGUAAGCAUCACGUUAGUCGCUUCCUGACGCGUGCUACUUGACGUCAAGAAAACGAUUAGCAUUGCUAAUGUUUUAGUUAUGUACUUUGUAACUUUAUAAUAAAGCUGUUGAAUCAAA